AUUCACCACUUUUUUCCCAGAGAAAUCAAAGAAAGAAACUGACCAGCUGUGAAAACAAAAAAAAAAAAAAAUGGUGAGAGGACCAACAAUUGACGAGAAUGGAAUGAAAAAAGGAGCAUGGAAUGAGGAAGAAGACAAUAAGCUGAGAACUUAUAUCCAGAGACAUGGAAUUUGGAACUGGCGACAGAUGCCUAAAUAUGCUGGUCUGAAUAGAUGUGGGAAAAGCUGCAGAUUGAGAUGGAUGAAUUACCUGAAACCUGGUGUGAGAAGGGGAAAUUAUACCCCACAAGAGGAGGAGCUCAUUCUUCAAUUACAUCGCCAAUUUGGAAAUAGAUGGUCAGUGAUUGCAUCAAAGUUACCCGGACGAACCGACAAUGACAUCAAGAACCACUGGAACGCUCAUAUGAGCAGGAGAACACAUUAUUCCAAUUCAAUUGAUCAAUAUGAUUCAAGUUAUCACACUGAAGGAUCUUCUUCAAUUACCACAGUUGAUUCUACGCAACAACAGUUGGGCAAUGUUAUGGAGCUCAAGUAUCAAAGCAACACUGAUGAUGCUGUUGUUGAUCAUGCUAAUUAUUUCAAUGAAACAAGUUUUGGUUCUGAAGGUAGUAGUAUGAGUUCAUCAAUUGAAUCAAUCAUGAGAUUCCUUGAUGAUGGGAGUUCCUUCUUGCCUCCGCAUUUAGCCAUGCCCAUGAAUGAUAUAUCCCACAACGAUUUUGAUGAGAAAAUAUUCCCUGAUAUUGGUGAUAUGAUCGUUCCUUCUUAUAACAACAGUACCUUUUAUCUUGGUGAGAUGGUUAGUGUGGACUACGAGUUGCCACCGUUGAUGCAAUAACACCAUGCUUGAAUUAGGGUUCAUAAGUUUGUAACCCUAAUAUACAACAUGGUCUUAUGUAUGAUACUCUCUUUGUCUACAAAAUUUAAAAAUUUAAUGUAGACUAUUUUUUGGGAUAGAAAUACUACUCUUUUGUGAUCAUGAGCACACAUCUUAUGUUGCAGUUUGUAGCUAGGUUAGUUUAAUUAGAUGUGUG